UAGAAGAAAGAAAAGAGUAAAUAAUAAUCAUCAUAAAAUAUGUAAAAUAAUUCAUAAACCCAUUUGAAAUUUGAGCAAAACAGACUUGGAACAUCGACAUCCUUUGACAAUCAUAUGGUCUAGUUAAAAUUUAAUUCUCAAGAUCACGAUGAAUUAAAUGAAAUAAACAAAAAGAAACAUGACACGGAAAUAAUGGACUAAUCAUGUAGAAGAGAGUAAUAAAUUCGUUUCAAAGAUGAGCAGAAGCAUGAUGAAAUCCAAAUAUCUAUUUUUGACUAGAGUAUUGCCAAUAAUGAAUGUUUGGAAACAUCUAUUAAACCAAUUGAUAAAGAGAAAAAAAAGACUUUGGCCCAGCUAAGAAUUUAAAGGAUAAAGUUUUCUCGAUAGUUGUCACAAGAUUAGCUCAAUUUUUAAAAAGAAGAAAAUAUUAAUAAAAGUACUUAAUAGUUGAGUUAAUUUGUAAAUAAAGACCUUAAAAGCAAAAAAGAGCCUCUAAAAAUAAUGCUUGCUCUAAACUUGUUGGUUAGUGUUAAGAGCUUCUAUCGAUAAGUUACUAAGAAUACUAGAAUAUUUUAAAGGCUUACUGAAGAGCAGCAUGAAAUUAUAGGAGAUGUUGUAUCAGUUUACCAUAAAAAUAGUACUAUUAAAUCUAAGAGAAUCUAGUAAUUUCUAACAUAUUUUAACUAUAUUUUGUAUUCUAAGAUACCUGAUCUUCCUACAUUUUCUCCAAAUGGUUUAUUAAAAACGAUAUGGGAUUUGCUGAAUGCCUUUCUUAUUGUAGCUCUUUCAUUUAUUAUGAGUUUAUAGCUUUUUUUUACUCUUGAAGCAAACGAAUUUAUGCAAAUGUAUAAACUUUCUUUAAUUGGAUUUAUUAUAGAUAUUUUAUUGAACCUUAAUACAUAGAUUUUUCUUAGAGGGGUUCUAAUUAAGCAAAGAAAAAAAAUAAUUUUUAUUUAUCUCAAGCAAAAAUUAAUUUUUGACUUAUUAGGGAUUUUGCCUUUAGUUUUUUGCUUAAUGGAAAUCUAAAAUGUGAAGUAUAGCUUUUUAUUAUUUCUUUUAAAGUGGUUAACUUUAUCUUAGAGCUUUGAAAGAAUGAUAUUUUACUUAAAUUAUUAAAAGAACUUAAGGAAUGUUGUUGAUUUUGGAAAAUUAAUCCUUUUACUCUGUAUAAUUUGCCAUGUAUUCUGUGGAUUUUGGCACUACAUAGCAAUUUAUGAAAUUUAACAAGGAUAUGAUUAAACUUGGCUGCAUAAAUAUUAUCUUGAAGAAGCAUCUGUUUUUACUCGGUAUGUGUAUUCUUUCUACUUUUUAGCUGUUACUAUGAUUACAGUUGGCUAUGGUGAUAUCACUCCUCAAAAUAGUACUGAGAUUAUUUUUACUAUUCUGACUAUGUUUGUGACUGGAAUGACAUGGGGAUUUAGCAUCAGUAAAAUAGGAAAUAUCAUUGAUAAUAUUGAGAAAAAGGAAAAGUCGUAUAAAGAGAGUAUGUAAGUCAUUCACACUCUCAUGAGAGAAGAAAAUAUUAGAUCUGAUUUUAGAGACUAAAUUUCCAACUAUCUAAAGUAUAUUUACAAUGAAUCGAAUGAGGUGUAAAAAUAGCAAGAACAGAAAGUCAUUGAAAAGCUUUCGAAUCAGCUGAGAUUUUAAUUGAUAUCUGAAAUAUAAGGAUAGUAUUUAGAAAACAUCCCUUUUAUCAAAAAUAUGGAACUCAAAUAAAAAAUUAUAUUUCUAAUGGAGGAAUGCUUAUAUUCACCAGGAGAGAUUAUAUUUUAAGAAAACAAUAUUGAUGAUUGCGCUUUGUUUUAUAUUGUGAAAGGAGAAGUUGAAAUAAUUAGAUAAUCAAUUUCAAGAAAUAGAGAAGACUCUAUAAUUUAAGUUUUAUAAAAAUCAUCUUAUUUUGGCGAAAUUAGUUUUAUUACAGGUUAAAUCAGAAACUUAACAGCUAAAGCAGCUGAUUUUUGUAGAAUUUACAAGAUCAAUAGAGAAAAAUUUUUGAAUUUGAUAAGAGAGAGCAAUAGAGACUAUGAAGAAUACGUUAUGAUUAGAGAUAAUAUCAUUUUUAAGAAUAAUUAUUCUAUAAUUAACUAAAAAUGCUUUCACUGUUAGAGUGAAGAGCAUUUUUCAAUGUCAUGUCCGAAAACACAUUUGAUAAUUUCUAAAAAGGGAAUAGCUCAUCGGUAUUGUUUCUCAGUUCCACAUUUAAAGAGAUAAAUUUUUUCGAGGAGAAACAAGUAGCUAAAGUGGAAAACUCGGAUAUCAUAAAAAAGGUUAUACUAAGCUGUUUAUUAAAUAAAUGACAAUGAAGACUUUUUUGAAGUACUAAAUGAAAUUGAGUAGCAAGCAAAGCCAAACAAAAGCUUAAUUUAUGAGAACGAUGACACGUUCCAAUCAAGUGAAUGCAGUCAAGAAGAAGAUAAUAAACAUGAAGACUAAAAUAAAAUCUAAAGAAGAAGUGGAUUAAGGAAAGUAAAAAUAAAAGAAACAAAUGAAACAAUUUAAGAAAUAUAGCCAUCGAAUACCAACAUUUCUAACUAAUCAAGUUAUUCUUCUUUGAAUAAUAAAAAUAAUGCUGAUAGUAGUCAAUAGAAUGAAAACCAGAUGAGUAAUUCAAUAGUCUUUCAAGAAUAAAUACGAUCUAUACAGAAAGAAAUUUCUAACAUACAAAACAUUCUUCAAGGAGAAGAUGGAAGCUUAAAUAAAUUAACAAGUAUAAAAGAGUCAUGUCAAUAUAUACCUUCUUAAUGCAAAAUCCAAGAUAAAUAGCUGCCUUCUAGUUUUAUCUCUCAGCAAUACUCAAGAAAAGAUAGAAAGUCUCUCUCUGUAGGACUCUGCCAUUAGCAAGAUAUUAACGAAUAAAAUAUCCUCCAAUUCAAUCAAUAACAACAGUAGCUGAAUUUGCAAUAACAACAAUAGUAAAAUUAUAAUUAAUAGUUGCAACAAUAAAAUUAUCAUCAAUUGCCUGAUUCUCAAAAAAUUUCAAAUGAAUUAAAUUCUUUGUUAUCUCUACAUGAGCCAAUAAAAAAUUAAAUUUCUCAGCUUAGCUAGUUUAAUGAAAGGUAAUUGAGUGAUUCUCCUCAAUCUAAUAAAUAUUUAAAGCACUCUAUCCUAAAAAUAAAAACGAGAUCAAUUUCAAGACUUGAUAAUAAUUUAGAACAAAAAGAUUAAAGCAGACAAAAUUCGCAUUCAAGCAAAAUGUAAGAUCUAAAUUAAUAGGAUUCUCUUGAUUAAGUAGUAAAAGGCAAGAAAAAACAAAGAAGAUAAUCUAAUAGUAGCUGUAAAAAUACAUAGUAUAACAGAUAAGAUUCAUUAUAUAAGAUUGGCAACACUCCUUAUUAAACACAAAUUAAACUCCCUUAAUUAAAUAAUGAAAAACAUCAAAAUAUCGAAAAUAGCUAUUUUAUGCUCUAACAUUUUGACAAAGGAUAAGUUUUUAAGUAUUAUUACCCUAAACAUAAUUAUACAAAAAUCUUAAAGCUGCUCAAAAAGAUGCAAGUUUCUAUAACAGUCGAAAAAAAUAUAAAAAAUAGAAAAAUGAUCAAGCAAUUAUCUAAAAAACAAGAAUUUAAAUCAUCAAGUUUUUCUCCAUUUGCAAAAUUUUAAAAAUAAAAUGAUUGAUAUGAGACAUAUAAUUAAACAAUAUAUUGAUUAAUUAAUACUCAAACCUCUUUCUUCUUUUUCUAAUGUAUUUAAAAUUUCUUCUAACUUAUUAUACCAUAAUUCUUUAAAGUAAAAUAUUAUGAUAUGUGCAUCAUUUUACUUUAUUUUAAUCCAAAAUAAUAAUUUAUUUUUUUAAAUAUUUACAAUCAAACUAUUUUUAACUGAAUUUUAUAAAUUAAUCAAACUUUUUUUUAUAUAUUUAUUAUUCUUUUUCUUCUUCAUUUAUUAUUAUUUUAUUCUAUAAAUAAAAAGAAGCAAUAUUAU